UGUUCUCUCCCCUCCCCUUGCGACCCUGCAGUGCUACCUCAUUUUAUCACCCUCCUCCCUCUCUUCCUCUUUAUCCUUACAACAGUUCCUCUCAUCUAACAUCUUAAUUCUUUUAACUCUUUCCCCUUCCCGCCGCAGUCGUUCCUUUUGCUCCCCGCCCCCCUCCCCCCAAUUCCACCCUUGGUGGAGGGUUGCUUCUAUCAGUUACAAGCCGGUAGUUGUUGCCCUUCCCAAAUAUUCGCGUUACAUAGUCACAAGCGCAAGCUAAUUUCCUUGACCUCCUGCUCAGCCAUAUAGAAUCCAGCAUCUUUUCCUUGCCAUCUCAUAUUGUGCGCUGUGUCCAAUGAUUCCUCGCCUUUGUCCAACUCGGCGCAUCUACUCAGGCCAAUAAAUCCAUUAUUCUUCAUCUUGGCAGUUACGACGGGGUCACAAUACCUCAACUUUAGCUUCAAUUCUCUGAAAUUCUCAAGCUUGCUCCUCGAUAGGUCACCUGGCCACUCUAUAGUCCUCACAACUCUUACGGACUCAUGACGCCACCUAAUUGGUCAUGAAUAUUGAACCAUCUGAAGCUGAUAAAUUGUGAUGGACUGCUUCGGACUCUAGGUCUCAAACUUGCAUAUUCCGGCAUCCCUUCUACAACCCGCUUUUUGCAUAUUUCAGAAUGGCUUCACAGUUAUUCGACACGUCUAGCCUGCCGAGUGAGUUUCGGUGUUCUUUGGAAUCCGGGCCCAAGACCCCCGAGCCCCUCGCUGUAGGAGCAGACGAAGAGCCGCUCCCACCGCACCGGCCACGCUUAAGGCUAAAAAAACGCCAUGUAUCUCAUCUCAACGCUCCCACCCAACAGUUUCUUGCAUCAAUUGCUGCCGCCGAUGUGCCAAUUCCCAGUGUCGAAAGUGUGGAUCAGGAAAUGAUGGAUACGAUACCACAGCUCCAGGUGGCUGACUUCGACGAUGCAGAUGACUGUCAACGUCUGACCCCAAAACAGUGGUCGCCACCACAGACUCCAGCCAUCGAUCUUGCGCCAUCCUUGGCACUAAAUAAAUACCCGGAUUGGUACGGCGACUCAUCGUGGAGCGAUUCUGAAUUGGAGUCCAGUUCAGACUACGAAUCUAGCAGGCCGUCGACUGCAUUUUCAACCCAGACAAGCGCUUCAUUAUUUAGUCUGUAUUCCAAUACCACUGAUGCAAGUUGUAUCAGCCCAGACUUCGAAGCUGCCGAAUUUCCACAGAGGACUGAGCUAGAAAAUGCAACUGCUAAACCAGGACAAGAUAAACCUCGGAAGGCGCCCUGGACGAGAGCAAUGAGCUCACACUUAUGGGCAACUUACGUAUUAUACCUCUCGGACCCAAGGGUUACCCCUAUACGCCUUGGAAAGAGCUGCAUACCACCUCAUGGUGUUUGUGCACGUGUAGCGCGGCAAGCGCAAAGAAGCUGGAAAGGAUCCCGGCCUCAACUCUCCAACGAAGCGAGAAGUGGGAGCAGCACUCCCACAGCAGAGUCCUCCAAAACUUACAUCCAGUGGCCCCACACAGGCGGUGCAACUCGAGCUCACUUACGAGAACUGUGUAAACUCAAAGCUACGAAGAAACCUGGCCGCUAUCUAUCACGGAGUCCUACGCCCUUCAAUAAAGCUGCCAACCGCCGUUGGAACCGCCGGUCGACGCCGGCUCGGUCACCAUCAGUUUUUUCCGCCCAGGACAUGGCAAUGUCGCUAGUUUUGAGCACCUCUGACACGAUGCAGCCUCACGGCCCUCUAGCCCAGCUGACUAGCUCUCAACUUCCGCCCAUACUAUCAUAUGAAGAUGAGGCUGAGACUGAAUCACAUUAUACUCACCAGCAAAAUCCAAUUGACGUGACGCCAGUGAAAGCUCAGGUUAUUGAGGAUCCUUUCACAGUAGCAAACACGGAAUCUCAGCCGAAACCAAGUCGUCUGGGGUCUCCAUUUACAGCUAAGAGUUAUGGACCUAGUUCUUCCUCAAUUGCAGCUAAGAUCACCUUGCCUCAACAGGCGAAUACCGUAGGACCCCGCAAACUCUUGAAGUCGCCAGUGCGCCUCACCAGAUCACGGUCGGGUACACAGAAACGUAGAUCUCUCAAGGGUCACGAAGAGAAGCCUGGGAAGCGACCAAGCUUGGCCGCUGCCUUCUUUCGAGAGACAUCGCGUAAUACAGAGGGAAGUGUGCCGAUUCCCGACACGGGCAACCAAAUCCAACAAAGCCCGUUAGACCACAGCACGGCUAACGCUAGGGUGCCUCGUCAAGUUCCUUUUGAAGCUUUAUUUGCAGACUUGUCAGAAACUCAGGAUGCCUCAGACAGACCAUUCAUAGUGUCUAGCGCAUCAUUCCAGACGUCACCAUCACGCCCUCCUCGCCUAGGAUCACCGUUCUCUGCAGGAAGCUCUAGUCAUAGCUUUCCCAACAGGCUAACUUCUGCCAGCAGUUUUAGCCUGGCAGCCUUACGCAAACCUUUCGCAACGGUUCAACAAGCGCCACAACCAAUUGCAGAUACCCCAACGUCCACCCGGUCAAGCCUCGCUUCACGGCUGGCUUACCUCGAUCAACGGCUUAAGGAGCUGCGUAACCGUGGUACUGACCGGAAACGCUCGCAAUCGCCGAUGUGAUGUGGCCAUCGCUCUUAUACCCGAUACAUUAACUACCGACUAUAUACCUUGUACAUCUACCUCGGGCCUUGUCAUGAUAUCCCUUACGACGUUAACGAUAUGUCGACGCAGCUCUAUGAGCAUCACGAACGGCGUACUGUGCAUUGGCAAAUCAUAUGAAAGCUAAUUUUAUCAUGUCAUACUAAGAGUGAUUAAGAUAAUCUUGCUCCCAUGGCCACGCGCGACGACUCACCUUGUUUACUUUUCACUUCUUGAUGGGAAAUUUUUACUUUGAAAAUAAUUUGCUCUACAUCAACUCACAUAGUAUCGCUUAUAACUCGAUGCUUACGGCACCACGCACACUUUCUUUGUCUCUUUUUCCCUUCAUCUUUUCCCUGUUAUCACGAGCAUCACGAAUGGCAAAUGAAUGAUUUAUGAACAGAUGGAGGAUCUUGAAAGGAUCCAGAUCACAGUUACGACGUCACCCAGAUCUGGCAACCAACAUGUAGCAAUGCUAGCUUUGGCUUGAGAUAGAGCUCGGCGUUUUGGUCUUGUGGAUACAAAAGUCUUAAGUUGAUGAUAUAUGAGAUAACUGCCGCAGACCAGCUAGUCGUUUGGUCCAAAUAGUACAGAGAUAAUUCGAUAAAUAAUCGAUAAAUAUCUACUAUGAAGGCUGGAGUCUUUCUGAACCCAUUCUCCGUCUGUUGGUGCUUGCUUUCGUCUCUAUGACGCUAUAGAAUCCUUAGUCUGGCA